CUAGUUGGGAAGAUAACCAAAAAUCAGAUCCUGCCUUCCCACUAUAUCAAUAAACAAAACUACACGGUGACUAUCAACUUUCCAUUUCUGAUCUCAUGGCGCAACAAAUGAAACUUCACCAAGUUUGUUCGGUGGCGCCGCCGCCACAAGAAACCAGUACUCCAUCCUCUCUUCCCCUCACAUUCUUCGACAUUCCAUGGCUAAGAAUCCCUCCCGUGGUGCGUCUUUUCUUCUACGAGUACCCCAACUCAACAUCUUCCUUCUUUGACUCUGUUCUUCCAAAACUCAAACACUCCCUUUCACUCACUCUCCAACACUUCCUCCCUCUCGCUGGUAACAUCAUCUGGCCGCAUGAUUCCUCCAAACCAAUCAUAAACUAUGUCCCUGGUGAUGCUGUUUCCUUCAUUGUAGCUGAAUCCAAUGCUGAUUUCAACCAUGUAUCCUCCAACUUCUGUGAAGGUGAACAACGCCACCCCCUCAUAUCUCGCCUCAACACGUCCCAUGAAAAAGCCUCUGUUAUGGCAUUCCAAGUCACUCUCUUCCCAAACUCUGGAUUUUCCAUUGGGAUAACCACACAGCAUGCAGUCCUUGAUGGCAAAUCCUCCAUGCUGUUCAUCAAAGCAUGGGCCUAUGCUUGCUCUAACCUCAAAGAUCAGCAGCACUCUUCAUCAGUUUCACUCCCUGAGAAUCUAACACCUUUCUUUGAUAGGUCAGUGAUCAAAGACCCUUCAGGGAUGGGCGAGGUUUACGUGAAGGGGUUGUUGAAUCACGGUGGAGAAACCAACAAUCGAAGCUUAAAGGUGAUGGAUGUGAUUGGUGGUGGUGCAGCACGGGAGGAUGCGGUGAAAGGCUUGUUUGAGUUCACCCCUUCACAUAUCCAAAAGCUUAAGCAACAUGCAGAGUUCAAGACUGAAAAUAACAAGGUUCACUUGUCAUCAUUUUUGGUAGUGUGUGCUCAUUUGCUGGCAUGUGCAGUCAAGGCAGAACAACCUAAAUCUAAUAGAGUAGCUUGUGUGAUUGGAAUAGAUUGUAGACACCGUUUAGAGCCUCCAAUUAAGCCAACAUAUGUUGGUAACUGCAUUGUUCCUCACAUCGUUGAGGCUGAGACAGGGGAAGUGUUGGGUGAUGAUGGGUUCAUCAAUGCUCUUUUGAGGAUAAGUGAUGCGUUGCGUAGUUUAGAGGGUGGGGUUGUGAAUGUAGCAGAGAACUGGAUCUCAAAGUUUCAAUCUGCGAUGCGUUAUAAGCUGUUUUCCAUUACAGGAUCACCUCGGUUUGAUGUUUAUGGUGUUGACUUUGGAUGGGGGAGGCCUAAGAAGGUAGAUAUGCCUUCUGCCGACAGAGCUGGAUCGUUCUCUCUCUCGGCAAGUAGGGAUCAUGAUGGAGGGGUUGAGAUUGGAUUCGCCUUGAACAGUAAUGAUAUAUACACACCUCAUUUUUAAAACACUUCAUUUCCACCUCUUUUUGUUUCUAUCUCUCUCCUCUUAUCAUCUAUCACAUCUCAUACUUUCUCUCUCUUACUUUUUUCUUUCUUCUUAUCUCUCUCCUCAUUCCACCUCUUACACCUCAAAAAGAGGUGUGUAUGUAACAUUAUUCAAGAGAAGAGGAUGAUGAAGUAGUGAAUGAGUUGUAUGUGAAGUGUAUGUUUUAUGAUCUUUCCACCUCAAAGAGAGGUGUGAAAACAAUAUUAUUCAUAUUCUUCGUCUCAAUGUUUGUUUGCCUGAAUCUUCAAUAAAGAUUGUUAUACACUUUAGGUUC